AUGGGCCGACUAGCGCUCUCAGCCACCCCCUGGCGCGCUGGGAUUUGGCAACGUGAAGCUCGAUCACAUUGGCAAGGCAUUCCGUAUAUGAUAUGUAUAUUAUGUAAGGAUGUCCAGUGCGCCUCGCUGACUCAUCACAGGGCGGGGGCACAUGACCCACGGCUUUUCUGGGUUUUUGGGAAAACUCUCUCCAAACUGUCGGUGGGGAACGGACGCCAGGUUCGAGACGCCCACCCGUUACGACGAGAGAUGUGCGUAAAUGUAAUCGUUAUGCUCAUUCAACACUCUAAAGAGAUCCAACUGCAAAAGAUACAAGGAAAAGCCAUUGGUCGAUUAUGA